UGCUGGUCUUCUACAAACAGGCAAACAAACAAACGUUACCCGAUCCUACCCAAACUAUUGCCUUCUUGGCGAAGGUAAUUACAAAGGGCUUGAGUUUUUUCAGUAACAGUAUGGUUUCUUGGAAAGCCUUUCCUACAGAACAACUGCCGGGGUUCUGUGUUUUACGGGUCACCCGAGGUUAAGGGCUUGAUUUGCUCACCGUAAAAUAUCAAGUGUUUACCAGCACAAUUGCAGCGUGAUCACACUGCUCACUGGGCUUAUAGGAGGCCAGACACAAUGGGAGUGUGUUGACAGUUUUCAGGUGUUUUCGUGUAGGACUGGCACAAUGGGAGAUCUCGUCAGCCGUGUUGACAUUACUGGCGAAAUGUGACAAUAAAGCUCUUGAUCCCAAAGUAAGACAAAUAAAAGUCCCAGAUUUACUGCAUGAGGAUGAUAAUGCAUUACAUUCACUACCAGACGGCCUGAGAGCUAACCAUGUCGGUGCAAGCGGCGGUGCUGGGUCUCCUAUUCGUGGGACUGGCAGCGGCGGCGACCCCGCUAGUUGGGCGGCUGAACCUGCCGUCCAAAGAGGCCCACUGUUACGGGACGGUCAUCGCGCCUCAGCUGGUUCUGACGUCGGCGAGCUGUGCCUUUGACUCCGCCACUGGCAGGGCGCACUCCAACCUGCAGUUUUCACUCAGUACUGGGGGCAGGAUCAAGGUACGGAGAGUCCACAUCUUCCCCGGCUGGCUGCGGAACAAGAGUCCAGUGAACAGCUUUGCGGUGCUGAGCCUGGCGUCUGGCCUCCAGUUCCCGGGAACAGCGCUAACCUGGAGCCCCUUCUCAGUGGAGAACGUCAAUGUUUCCGUUAAAUAUGCCACCGGGAAUAUAAAAUGCAGCAAAACAGGGCGUGUCGAUGAAAACAACAUGGGGUACGCUGGGAACGAGCUAGCAGCUGUAUCGUGCCCAGGUUCCCAUCAGCACCUCAAGAUCCCAGGAAGCCCCGCCUACCAGGUUUCUGGCGUGAGCCGCUCAGUCGUUGUCUUUGGGGUGCAUGUCGGCGAAUGUUCCAGUGACUGGGGCCCUCUGGCCACGGUGCCACGUGGUCCUUGUGCCGCGAGACUUAGCCACGAGAUCUUCGGAGACAUAUGUGAUUUCGCCGACAAGCAGAAACAGACCGUGCCUGGAUGCGAGGAUGCCCUACUGAAAGAUGUUGAUCCGAAGGCACCGACCCGUCUGCUGAGCAUGGAGGCCUACACAGCGCUGGUGAACCGGGAACCGGAGUAUGGUAUCAUCCUGCUGUUCUGUCGCGGCUGCAAUAAGGACACGUGUGAACAAGGCUGCCGCAGUUGCCGUCAGGAGUCCCUGGAGCGGUUUGACCGCCUGGCACUGUACACGCCGUUCUACGGGAAAGUCCUGGUGGCCAGGGUAGAUGCAGACAGCCUAGGAUUCAAGGUUCCUUACGCCCCCUACAUCCUGUACCGCCUUCCUGGAACGUUGCAGUUCCGCGAACACCGUGACUCCCUGACGCGGCUGGUGCAGCUUUUCCAGAGGGACAGCUCCAGUGGCGGUGGCACGACACAUGGUCGGAACAAGAGGAUGCUGUCAGGGUGGGUGGAGGGGGGAAUCCGCGCCUGCUGGAGCCUCGUGGUUGGUGUGGGACGGGUGUUGGUGGCACCGUUUGUCGGGCAGGGGUACCAACUAGUUGAAGAAGAGGACGCCGAUGAAGGAGGGUGUGCGGUGGCUGCUGGACAGCUGCAGAGCCUGAACGGGAGGCUGGUGCACGGGGAGACGGACCAGGAGGUGGGGGCCGGGGAGGUGCAGCCUGUCGGGACGGUGCUGGAGGCGGUCUGUAACCGCGGGCUGGGGGUGAAGGCCCGGUACCCUGUACAGAACACUCUGAGCAUGACAUGUCAGGACACCGGCAGAUUCGAACCGCCCGUGCCACAAUGCUCAAGGACCUGUAAGCUGGUGUCCGAUUCCAAACGGAACAAGUUCCUGCAGUUUCCUGGCAUGAACAUUGGUUUCACGCCGAGUCUGGGUGCUCUGCUGGUGGAGUACCAGCCGCCAACUUUCACUGCCGCCAAGGAAACCACAGAAAUGCUACAGGGAGAUACAGUCACUUUCACUUGUCCGCAGAACAGCAUUCUCAGGGGUGUCGGAAAACGAACAGAUACCUGGAGAUGCAACAAAGGCGCGCAGAAGACUGUGGUCCAGUGUGAAGCUGCCCCGCGUCCAUGUGACGUUCCGGACAUCCCUAAUGCCGACACAUCGACGGUAGGCCAGAUUCCACACAACAGUGACGUCACUGUCACUUGCCGUGGCAACAGGAGGCUGUGGGACGACUUUUCCAGAGAAAUCACUCUGACAUGCACGGACGGCAGCCUGAAGCCGAACCCAGACACUUUAGAUUGUAUAGAAACCUGUGAGAUCAACGACCCGCCCAUUGCUGAUGACAGGCGUCAGCAGGCUCCAAUCUUCAAACUACAGACGGGUCCGGGCACGUCCCGGAGACUGAGACCGCCAGAAAGGGUGUGGAAAGACAACCAGGUGUCGUACGAAUGUAGUGGCAGUGAGUGGUUCCUGCAUGGAACGGCUCAUAACUCGCAGUUGGCGACCUGCACUGCUGGUGGAGGGAUGAAUCACCCCAUAGUCCCCUGUGAUGUGCAAUGCCUGGUCCCCGUGCCAGCCCCUGCAGCAGGUGAGAAGGCUGUGGAGCUGACACGAGGCGGAGCAAACGCCGCCGGAACCCGCAUCCGUGCCCUGCAAGAGGUGCAGGUCCGCUGCCCUGCCGACUCCCUCAUGUACAGCAGGGGAGGAAACAUCUUCUGGGAGAAGACUACGCUGCCGCCUCGCAAAACCCAAGUGAAUACCUGUGCAGCACAGGGGUUUGAGCAUGACUUUCCAUCAUGUGUGGACGUGAUGCAUUUCUCCGACAAGUUUCUGGACGAACACGUCCAUCUGGGCCCUCAGCCAUCUAACCUUGUCAAACACUGCAACGACAAGCUGAAUGACAUCGGCGCCAACAUCAAGACCUUCAUGGUUAUUCACUCAGAUGUACAGCUGAAGGCAUUGAGCACCGUUGUGGGAAACAACCUGAAUGGAGGUGCGAACAUCCGUCUUCACUCAACGGCGGACAGGACGACUCUGUACAAGACUUCAGAGCAGUACAAUGUGUUUGUGUGUGACAGAACGAGGGGCAGCCUGCAAACACCAGUCCCGGAGCUGAAGAAGAAGGUGUUUGUAACUUUCCGUUACAUCAGUGGAGCGUGGCGCCUCUAUCACUAUGACUACCAGACCCCUGGUGAUGCUCUGGAGCUAGUCUGAGGGGCGUGGCAGAUGUGUUACCAUGACUACCCAUCCUCUAGGACAGCUUUGUUUAGAUGGACUGUGCAAACACAUGCACCGAUAGUUCCACAACACCAUCUCUUAAUACAUACUCACUGAUCAUUCCACAUUACUACAGUAUGGUGUAGCACAACACAAGAAGGUAGUGUAUAUAAUAACUGAGAUGCUGCAAGAGUGUCACUGUAGCCGCGAAAAAUAAAUCAGAACUGUUUUUUAAUUUCAUUACACAUUCAGGAAUCUGCCUGCAAUUAAGCAGUGCCAACAGUGAAUGUAAAACAGUGGCACCAGUUUGUUUAUCAUACUCAACUGGAGGAUAUAUAUAUAUAUAUAUACACUACUAAGGCAUAGACUAUGUAAAGUGGGAAGCUGACAAUAAUCAUGGCUAUUUCAACGUUCUAACACUGCAUUAAACUAUCAUCAAAACAA